AUGAAAUAUGAAUCGGAAAUAGCUUAUGAGACGGAUGAAACUGUAUCUUUGGGUACUAUGAGUCAUAAAUGCGUAUACUGCGAUGCUCUUAAAUUCAAAGAAGAGGCGCCUGGAAUGUGUUGUAGUGCCGGUAAAGUACAACUUCCGUCUUUUUUACCUCUUCUUGAACCUCUUUACAGUUUGAUUAUGGGGUUCCAUCCUGAUCACAAAAAUUUCAUGGACCGUAUUAGAAAAUACAAUAACUGCUUCCAAAUGACAUCUUUUGGAGCGAAACAAAUUAUCGAAGAUGGAUUUAUGCCCACAUUCAAAGUGAAAGUUCAGGUGUAUCAUUUAAUUGGUAGUUUGCAAGCUUUACCUCAACAAAACCCUCAAUUUCUACAGAUUUAUUUCGUUGGAGAUGAUGAGAGAGAAACACGCUUAAGAUGUAGCCACUUCGCUGAUGUAAAGCAAAGCCUGGUAAAACAAUUACAAGCGAUGUUGCACCAUAAUAACCCAUACAUAAAGGACUUGAAAACCACACUCGAAAGAGUACCUUAA